GGGACAUUGAGGCGGUGGGUAAUGCUUGCGCGAACAGUCGGGCAGAUCCCGUGUGCAGCUAUCGCAAAGAGACAACUGGCAUGUGAAAGAGCUUGGGGGAGCUGUAUUAUUGCUCCUGGUCUGCCUGUACGCCGCCAAUGGAGCGGACAAUUGGAACAUCAGCAGCGGCGGCCACUUCUGGUCUUGCUGCUGCAGAACCGAUAUGCGUCGAGUUCGUCGUCGACGAGAUGGAAAAGCCGCCAGGGCAGAGAUUCGUAUGCGCGAGAAGCCAAGGUCGCGGGUCUGAAGUCUCGCGCCGCCUUCAAGCUGCUGGAGAUCAAUGAGAAGUACAAGCUCUUUCGAAUGGGCGAUACUGUUGUUGAUCUGGGCUUUGCGCCGGGCAGUUGGAGCCAAGUGGCCGUCAACAGAACGAGCCCAGGAGGAAGAGUCGUGGGAAUAGAUAUCAUACCGGCGCAGCCUCCGCGGGGCGCAAAUGCGCUACAGGGCAAUUUCUUGAGCGCAGAGAUUCGCGAGGAAGUCAGGAAAUUUGUGAGCGACCCGGAUCGCGGACGUGUCAGGAGCAGGACUAUCGUCGAAGACGAUGUGACUGAAGAAGAUCUACAACAGGAGCAUCAGGGCAUCGUCCAGCUCGAGAUGCACGCUGCACAGAAUGAGAAGAAGCUCAAAGAGAUACCCAAGGCGGACAUGACCCAGAAGCAGCUGGAUCUUGCUGAGGGGAGAGUGGUCAAUGUUGUGUUGAGUGACAUGCUCAUGAAUACUAGCGGUAUCGCUGCACGCGAUCAUGGUGGCAGUAUGGAUCUGUGUAUGGCUGCAUUGACCUUCUGCUUCGAUACCCUCUCUACUGGAGGCAACUUCAUCUGCAAGUUCUACACCGGGGCAGAGGAUCACGCCAUGGAGAUGCGAUUGAAGAAGCUUUUCGAGAAGGUCCACCGCAUCAAGCCCGAUUCGACCAGGAAAGAGAGCAAAGAGGCUUACUUCGUGGGUCUGCGCCGCAAAGCUGGUGCGAAGCGCGCAGAAGUCCUCGAAGAUGGUUGAGACUUAUCAAGUCCUAUUGAGGACAUGAAUCUUCGAAUUGGGGCUAUCACGACCGGAGCCUGUCCCGUAUCACAUGUUCGUGUGUUCAAAUGGGCUCAAAGAACCGCUCCACGCGGCCUGGAAACGUCCUAAAAGAUGGAUACCUUAGUGCAGAGCAUGUUCGAAUCUGCCAGCAGUCUUGGAUUCACUAUCGCGGCUGCCACAUCUAGAAUUGGCAGCCAUGAUCGUAGAAAGACGAUGAACGAGCACUUGUCACGCCACUCUGCCAGAGGGUUCGUGGUUGAGGCUAUGCCGUCUCCAGUUUACAAGAGAUCUGACUGGAUCCUUUCAGCUGAAGUAACGAGGCAUAGCGAACUUUGAAAACGUACCUAUGCUGGCUACGGUACACGAUGGCGCAAUCGUCCGAUCGAUCGCCACAGCACUCUCUCACUUGCAACGGGCGCAAUCCAUGUGGUCAUGCAUAUCGCCAUCAGGUCAAGAAUUGUCGCUGUGUGCAGCAUCUUCGAGCACCAGUGGGAUACUGGGACACUGAAGACUAGGUGAUUUGACACCUCCAGAUACUCAACACCAGCUUCCUACAAUGUCUCACAAUGUGGCUGCGGUAUAUAUCUCGAAGUGUCGACUAACAAAACGCUCAUAUCAGCAGAAUCAGCACGAUCAUAUUCACUCGGUCGUUUAUUGUUUGUUACAUUUACAAGUCGUAGUGUCAAGUCACUUUUAACGACUUUUCAUCACUGGCUGGUGCAUCGACGCCUUGUUGACCGAAGUGCUCGACUUGUUUCAACAUGGAUUGCUUUUCCCCAACAUCAAGUAUUCAACCGAGCAGAUGCGGACGCCACUCCUUACGAAACGUCCUCUCCAUAGUCAACUUUCGCCACAAGGCUGCGCUUUGGCUCAGAUGAAUCCAGGAGUCUCUGGUGCCUACGAUUGGUCUCGUUUCUCGAGACUGACGACCGAUCUCAAUUCUCAGCCACAUACCUACGAAGCGCAACUCGUGAUGCUAUACGACGUGGACCUGACUGUCUUGAGUCGAUCCGCCCUUCGCAAGCUCGCCGCCAAAUGGACAGGUCAGAAGCAGCCAGGCAAUCUUUCGAACCAGGGCUACACCAAGAUCCUGGAGGACACACGGCUCCGCAUGACGACCUUCAAAUUUCUUGGGCUCCCCCGAGAGAUGAGGAAUCAAAUCUACUCUGAGCUCUUGACAUUACGCCACCACAGUGGUGGUCGGAGAGGCAUGUCAUGCUACCCCGUGAUCUUGCGUGCGAACAAGCAGAUUCUCGAAGAAGCUACGAAGGUCUUGUAUGGCGAGAAUACCCCAGACGUGGAAUUUCGUCAAGAGGACUCAGUGUCACUGAAUCAGCACCGUUCCAAUCGGGUCCCUGCGCAAUGCGUCAGGA